AUGAAGUUCCUUCAGUCCAUCUCUCUCGCCUCUCUCGGCGCGGCAACUGCCAAUGCCUACAUGUGUAACUGCUUCAACGUCAACCAGCCAACUAUUGCAGCAGCUAUCCAUGUCUGUAAGGCUUUCGGGGGGGCGGUCUACCACGACAACGCGCGCAACAUCAAUGGCUGUAUCAUGAGCCACACCAUCACUGAUGCCGACUGCGCUAGGCUAUACCCCAAGAUUGAGAACGGCAAGCAAGUGCGGGAUCCGUCCUUCAAGGCAAACUGCGAGCACUACACUGGUUCUUGCCCCAAGUAG